AUGGUGCUGGUGGCGGACGAGCUGGUGCUGGUGGCGGACGAGCUGGUGCUGGUGGCGGACGAGCUGGUGCUGGUGGCGGGCAAGUUGGUGCUGGACGGACAUCCGACGGCAGUCGACUCGCGACGCGCUCCUUCGGCUUCGGAUCGCCCCGAGGCCGACAUUCUCCUCGCGCCGCCGCCAGAAGCCCAUCAGUCGGCCCCGCCGCGGACGGUGCACGAUGCUGUGCUAGAUGCGCUGCUGGGGGCGCUCAAGGCUGCGGCGGGUGAAAGUGAGUCCGAGUCGGCCUCUGACGCCGGCUGGUCCUCGUCGCUCUCGCGGUUUGCCACAGAGAGGUCCACCCGCCGCUGGCGGGAGGACUCGAGCUCGGGCUCGAGUUCGCCGCAGUCGCCGUCGGGCUCGGGCUCUAGCGCCGCACCGUCGUCGGUUCGUGGCGCACUGGGGAUACUUCCAUCGGCGAGUGACUGCCGCCGCGAUGGCAUGUCGCCCGUUCUUGGCUCUUUUGUGUAUGCCAGCCCAGCCGAUAGCUCGGACUUUCGCCAUGUCUGGCUCGAGUGGACUGGCGUGGUCCCGCCCGAGCUCCGCGCCCGGCUCCUCCGCCUUCCCCUUACCAUGCCGCAUCUUGUGGCGUCGAUGACGGUCGAGCUCAUCGCUGUCGUCGACCUCGUCGAGCUGGCGUACGUCUACGUCCGCGGCGCCGAUGACCACGAGGAAGGUAGUAGUGCUUUGACGCGCCGCAGCCCGCUGGCCGGCUAUGGCGUUUCGACGACGCAGGACCCACAGCUUGCCGACGUACUGGCUCUGGUCGCUGUGGCUGACACAGUGGUGGUGACCAAGAGCGACGUGCUUGGCGCCCAGAACCCGGCGCAGGGCCUUGUUGGCGUUGUGCAGGAGCUCCGCGGUAGUCCGGCAUCACUCUUCACCUUGGUGCCUGUGCCAGGUGGCGGCCACGGCCAGCUAGUCCCGUUCGACGGCGACGCCGCAGGGCCGCCACCGCUGGUUCCAUACCUCGCCUUCCGCGAGUUUAACUCGAACGUCGUAGCGCUCCGCUUCCGCCUCCCGCCGCUGCCCGAGGCGGCUCACGGCAAAGCACCGCCGUCACCAUCGGACGCUCGCCGCCGCGGGCGGGUUGUCAUCACCGCGCGGUUCACCCGGUGGCUCCGCGCUGCAACCACCCGCGCGCCUGAGCCCAGCUCCUCCGCUCCGCCGCAGAUAUUCUCGGUCACAGCCCUCGUCGCUUCAACCGCGCUUCCUGGCUCGGCCUGGCUAGUCGUGGCCCAGGGCGAGGAGGUUGUCCGCAUCACCGAGGUCGCCUUUGCCGACGGCGCCUGGGACGCACUCCGGAUCGGCGGCACCCAGAUCGGCGGCGUCGUGGUCGUCCGCGGCUGGCAUUGUACCUCAGCCGGCCUGCAAGAGGCAUGGCGUGCCACCCGUGAUGACGACUCUCAGCCACUCCUUGAGCUGUACGUCGUCUCCGACGUUGGCUCCUUGCAGAUCCUCGCCGACCUUGGCGUCUACCUCGCCAUGGCCGCCACCGCCGCCGUCCUCAUCGCGCCGCGCAAGGUCAUCGGUUUGCUUGGCCCCACCGCGUCGGCCAGCCUCGCCUCGGUUGAAGCCUCACUCCCGCUUCUCUCCACCCUUAUCGACAAGCCUGGUGCUGCUCUCUUUGCCCUCCUCCUCACCAUUCUCCUUUUCCACCUCAUCUCCAUCGUCGCAGAAGUCCUCAUCCAGCGCCGUCGUGCCACAUGA